AUGGAACAACGACAACGAUGGAAUCAAUUCUUGUUGCAACAUAGAAUGGAGCGACAACGACUGAUACGAUUGAGACGAUGGAUUCAGCAUAGAAUGAUGCGAGAACGUAUGAUGCAAUGGAAUCAAUGCUUUCGUCAUCAAAUGGAGCAACAACAGAUGACACAAUGGAAUUAUUUGAUUCAGGAUAGAAUUAUACAACAACAAAUAAAUAAAUGGAUUCGUUGGAAUCAAUGUAGAAUGAUGCGAUGGAAUCAACAGAUUCAACUAGAAAUGCUACAAGAACGGAUGCUAUGGUGGAAAGAAUUAAUUCAACUUCAAAUGUUACAACAAGGAAUGUCGCAAUGGGAUCAAUGGAUUCAAUUACGUACGUUACAACAGCGAAUGAUUCAAUGGAGUCAGCGAAUUCAGUUACGAUUGAUGCGACAACGAAUGAUUCAGUGCAAUGAAUGGAUUCAGUUACGAAUGGAUCAAAUGAUGCAGUCGAAUGAAUCAUUUCAAAUGGAACAAUUUUUCUGGUGGAAUCAAUGGUUUCAACUUCAAAUCAAACCAACGACAAUACGGUGA